AUGGCGCACAAGAACUUGAGCUAUUACCGGGGGCAGUACAAGGACAGGCUCCUGCCCUUGCUCAGGGAGCUCCGGGCGACAGAGGAAGACUCCACGAACUCGUUUAUCUGCAUGAUGAAGAAGAUGAAAGAAGUGCGACUGAUGGAGAAGGUUGUGGAAGAGACAGAGGAGGCCUUUGCAGAGAGGAUGGAGGCCAUUGCUGAGCAGUGGAGGGACCUGCACGCCAGGAGGGCCCAGCUGAAAGCCCACGUGGUGACAUGUGGGACAACUGUAAAGGAGAAUGAAAGGCUGCGAACCCAAGCUCUGAAGAAAGCCAAAGAAGAGAAAGAGAAGAAUACAAAAAAGGAAAGUGAGCUCUUGAGGGCUAGGAAGGAACUGGAAGCUCUCAGAAAACAGCACCAGAAACUCUCCAAAAAAUUGCUGAAGUACUCCCUGUUCAAGAGGUACCUGGAGGAUGUGGUGGAGAAUUCACAGGUGAGCUUGGAUGUGGCUCAGUUCCGGGAUGUCGAGGACGUCAUUUCCUACUACAAGGCCCUGGUGAGGACACGCAAGGACCUGCUGCAGUCCCAGUGGUGGCACCGACAGCUGAUGGAGCAGGGCAAGGUCCUGCAGCAGCAGAUCAGGGCAGAGAAGGAAGCUGAGAUGCUUCAGUGCAAGAAUGACCUGGUGCAGCUCAAAGAAUCAUUUGACCGGGCUCAAGGCAACAUCCGGCAGUGGGAGGAUCGCUGGGCUGAGGUCCAGGACAGGGCUGCCAGGAAGGCCACGGAGCUGAAGUCCCUCAACAUGGCCAUCCAGAGCCUCUUCCAGGCCGCCAGCGCACGGCUCCAGCCAAAGGACAGGGUGGCAGCUGGGGACAGCCACAGGCAGCUGGACACGAUCCAGCAGUUCAUCUACGACCUCCAGGACUUCACGGAGGACAUGAAGGAGUGCAGCCAACAUCUGUGA